CUCUGUGACGUGGCGGCUGGCUGGCUGGCGGGCGGGCGCGGUGCAGGCCGGGAUCGAGGCGCCGCUGGCCGGGAGGACUGGUGACGUGUGCGGGGCUGACAACCAUGGCUGACGAGAGCAGGCAGGCGAAGCUGGCGGCCGCGAAAAAGAAGUUAAAGGAGUUCCAGCAAAAGAAAAGUCCAGUACCCGUUGGGGGAACCAAAAAGAAGAGGAGAACUAAAGAAGACAGCCGAUCUGAAACGCCAACUAAUGAUUAUGACCAAGAUAUAUCUGAUAUGCCCCUGCAGAACAUUCUGAAGGUGCUGGUAGCAGAUCGCAGUAAAUCCAAUGGGGUAACUCUACCUUCAUUGGACAGGCUGAAGGCUUGCCUGGAGAAUGAUGCUGAUCGUCAUCGCAGCAGUCAGAGAGUUGAUGAGGCUGAGCUUCAUUUCAACACCUACAACAGCAACUUGCCAAACAAAGAGGGUGUAACUCAACACAUUGAUCAGACAGUACAGAAUGAAGCCCUCUCGCAGAAGUUCUAUCAAGAGACACAUGAAGCUCAAUCAGAAGAAAGCAGAGAAGUGUCUUCUACAGAAAGCCUUCGGCAGUUGUCUGCUCAAUUAAAUGGCUUGGUGACUCAGAACUCUUACAUUAAUGGUGAAAGUACAACAGCUACUGCCAGCCCCAAAGAACUGGAGACACGAAACCAAGAGCUCGCAAUAGCCCUUGACUCCAGCAGUUUAACAAAUAGUCAACUAAGUACAAAGAUAGAGGAAUUGAAACAAAAAAACCAGGAGCUUAUUGAUCGGCUCGAUAAGGAGAAGAAAGAUUCAGAACAGAAAUGUACUAAGGAUCAGGCAUCGAUGAGGGAGCAACUGCAAGUUCACAUCCAGACAAUUGGGAUUUUGGUUUCGGAAAAAUCGGAGCUACAGUCUGCACUAGGUCAUACACAGCAGGCAGCAAGACUUAAAGCAGGUGAAGCAGAAGAGCUAAACACCAGACUGCAAUCCACGCGCCAAAGAGUGGCAGAACUGGAACGAACCCUAUCAUCCAUCUCAUCCCAACAGAAACAGUCUGACAAAGUCAGCAAAGAACUUGAAAAAGAACGAGAAAACCUUAAAGUUGAAUUGUACAGACUAAACAAAAUGAGUGACGAGCUAAAGCAACAGAAUUCUGAACUAUCGGAACAGUUGCACUCCAGGGUAUCGGAAAACGGUUCAAUGAAGAGCAAGAUUGAAGAUCUGCACAAGAAACUGGAAAUGGCCGAGUUGAUGAUUCAGCAAUUUACAAAUCAAUCGGGAUUACCAGGUGGAAGCCAGCAGUUACAAACGGCUCUCAAUGAAAAAGCACAUUUGGAGGCACAAAUGAUCCAGCUGUCUGAAUCAUUGCAAAAGCUUCGUGCUGAAAGGGACCAGUACGCCCAAAAGCUACAGGAGGAGGGCAGUAUUUGGCAGGAGAAGAUUCAUCAGCUGGCAGCACAAAUAACUGUACUUUCAGAGGAGAAAGAGUGCAAUCAAAACCAUAUCCGGGAACUGGAGACAUCAUAUACUGAGCUUCAGACCCGAUCAGCACAACAGUGUGAGGUCCAUGAAAGCCAGACAGCACCACAGCCUGAGGGUCCCACAGAACACGAAUUGGCUCUGCAGGCAGACAUUCAUCGACUGGAACAGGCGAAGGAAGAGUUGUACACCCAAUAUCGGGCACAGGUUGGCGACAACGAGCAGCUGAGUCGCUUGAACCAAGAGCAGGAGGAGCGGCUGCAGGAGUUGGAGCGCACAGUGCAACGCUACAACGAUGACACAGUGGACCGUCACCAACUGCUGGAAAACAUGCAGAGUGACAAGGUCACCAUCAGCAGAGCGCUGACACAGAACCGGGAGCUGAAGGAGCAGCUCGCAGAACUUCAGAACGGAUUUGUUAAACUUACAAACGAGAACAUGGAGCUUACCAGCGCAUUGCAGUCCGAGCAACAUGUGAAGAAGGAAGUGGCACGGAGGAUAGGACAACUACAGGAGGAUCUGGCAGAAUUGAAAGAGAAGCUUGAUCUGAAAUCGCUGGAAGCUCAGGGCUUGCUGGAGCAGAGGGAUCAGUUCUACGCUCAUCUACAGCAAUACACAGCAGCCUACCAGCAGCUCAUCAGUGAGCGAGAGGAGCUGCAAAAGCAAUACCUGCUCCAGACUCAACUCAUGGAUCGGCUCCAGCAUGAGGAGGUACAGGGGAAAGUUCAUAUCGAAGUGCACCAGAAGGACCUUCAAGUGACCAAGAGGCAAAUCGAGGAGUUGAACAAGGAAAACGAAACAUUAAAGGCGCAGAUCAGUACACUGACAACGGAACUGAAUGGAAUCAGCCCACAGCUCAGAAUGCAAGGUGAUGGUGUAGAAAGUUAUGGCGGUCUCCCCGAAGGAAUCCAGAAGAAACCAAUCAUAAUACCAGAGGACUUUGAAAGUAAAGAGGAAAUGACUGCCUUCCUGAAAUCAGCAAUAAGCCAACUUGAGGAUGAGCGAGAUGAGCUGACACAGCAGUUCUUAGAACAGAAAGGACAGCACCAGGCAUUACUGCAGCAGAUGUCAGCCCUGAGGAGCAACCAGGAACAGCCCAGAGGAACAGUGAACAGUACCGACACCAUUCCAACAGAGGUGCAUGAAGCCCUGAAAGCUGCUAUGGACAAGCUACAGGUUCGAUUUACAAACCUGAUGCAGGAGAAGGUAGAUCUGAAAGACCGAGUGGAAGAGCUGGAGCAUCACUGCAUCCAGCUGUCUGGGGAGACGGACACAAUAGGUGAAUACAUUGCACUUUACCAGAGUCAGAGAGCCAUUCUGAAACAGAGGCACACCGAGAAGGAGGAGUACAUAAGCAGACUGGCUCAGGAUAAGGAGGAGAUGAAGAUGAAGCUGUCAGAAUUACAGGAGCUGGUGAUGAGGCUGGUGGGCGAGCGGAACGAGUUGUACAAUAAAUAUGUCGGUGCCACACAACAGGCUCCACAUUCGGCAGCAGCUGAAGUGCGGCAGCAUUUACCUGAAGGACCCAUGGAGCUCAAUGCCGUGAACACAGAAGAUCUACAAGAUGUAAGUUUAGCAGACGAACGCGAGACUCAGGCGGUUUCCUCGAGGGCAGCACAUCCAUCAGAGACGACCCCGCCAAUGGGCUUACCCUCGGAGGACCACACUGCACAACAGAUCAUGCAGCUUCUGCAGGAAAUCCAGAACCCACAGGCCAAACAGAGUCCGUUCUUGAGCUAUUCUCCCUGCAUCCCCUUCUUUUACAGGGCAGACGAGCACGACGAAGUAAGGAUUCUGGUUGUCUAAGUGUUGGUCUAUGACAGGGGGCAAUUAUUAUUAUUUUUGGAAACUGGGAAAGAAGGUGAGAAGGCAAUUUGUAAAUUUGUAAGGAUGUUUUAAAAAAAUAAUAAUACGUAAGCGAGUGAUGCCAUGAUGAAAAGGUUUCUGAAGCCGGCCGCUGUGGUAACGGAACGUUUAUAUAAGUUAGUAACCUUGAUCCCAGUCACAAACGUGACCUUUUUAUUUAGAUUUUUAGUACUUUCCAAAUGUGUUCUUCUCAAUUGAGACUCCAUGGGUUAUGGUGCGCUGUUUUUAAAGGUCACCUAUGUAGGUUUUUUUUUGAACACACACACAGCUUUCCCCUCUUCCCUCCCC